AUUGGGGUAGGCGCUUCCGAGACCAAAUCGUGUUUUCGAGAUCUCUAAUGCAAUCUCAGUCACCUCGUCUUCUGCUGCCAGUCUUCCACUCUCUGCCUCCUCACGCAUACACACGUACAUAGUACAUACGCAUAUACAUCCAAUCCACAUACGCAACCACGCACGCACGCACACGACGCCAGCGCCAUCUCAUUCAUCCACCAGCCGCUGUCUCUUGUUCCGCGGGCCUUGUGCGCGCGUCCUCAUGCGCAUCGUCGUUCGCUGCCGCCGCUGUCCCAUCGUGUGUGUGUGGGUGUGUCCCAGUGCCCGUCCCGAGCAGUCGGCCCACGGGAACCCAUGAUAGCCGACACGACCAUUUCACCACUAUCACGACGGGCCUGCUCUCCCUGAUAUUCAUCAAUAUACUCAUCAAGUAGAAACAACCAUCGAGCGACAUUGUUAUUUUAUGUAUGAGGUAGAGUUGGAAUCCCCCGGAGCUUCGCAUGUAAUACCUACACGCCGGGCUAGAGUCUAAUUUCGAGGGGAAUUCCAUCUCGUUAUUAUGGCGUCGCGUUACAAUGGAUCAAGAUACGAUGGCGACUCACGCCGCUCCAGGUCCCGUGAUCGUUCGCCGGAUAGGAGAUCCCUUUAUAGCGACAGCGGGCCUCGACGGUCGUCUGCAGAAUCUAGGUCCAACACCGCAGCUUUUCAGGCGAACCGAGAUUCAUUUCGGGACACCCUACCGAGAGAUACUCCCCGUGGACCCAAAGCCCUACUCGACCCUCCUAGUGGGCCUCGAGGCGGAGGCUAUUCGGGCGAUUUUAGAGGGAGGGGCCGUGGUAGAGGUAGAGGUUGGCGAGAGGACAGCCGGGAUCGGGGCAGGGACCGUGAUAUUGAUUUCCGGGAUCGGAGGGACCCUCCUUAUAGAGAUGACCGCAGCCGAGAGCGUGAGCGCCCCGAUUGGCGCGACCGCGAUAGGGACAGCUUCAGGGGCCGCAGGCCCUCUCCGCGUCCUCGUUCGCCACUGGGCAGAGAUUUCCGAGACUCGAGAGAUUCGCGCGACGGGCCUCUCGGUGUAGAUGCAGAUAGAGCAAGGCGCGGAUCGCGAGAUGGACCACUCUCAGCAGGCUCUUCUUCCUCUGAUCCACCUUUCGUUCACUCCUCAUAUCGCGGUGAAUCAUCAUAUCGUGGAGGCUAUGGCCGUGGACGCGGCCGAGGUCGAGGGGAUUGGGGGGAUCGUGGUCGUGGUCGUCCAUUCUAUGAAGACAGGGAUAGAUACGUUGGUGGCCCACCCUUCCGAUCACGUUCGCAAGAAGGGCGAUUUCGAGAUAGGGAUGACCGCGAGCGAGAGAACAACAGAUAUCUUGACGCUGACUUGCGCCCGCGCGAUCCUCGGGAUGACCGUGAUACUCGGGAUCGCGAAACACGAGUGAAACUGGACAGGACUUCUCACGAACCUCCAACGUCAACCAAGGAUGUCUCUCCGCCGCCUGUAGCACCUGCCGCGCCCUCUUUUGGUUCUGUGCCUAAUAGAACAGCACUGACAAGUGAGAUGGCAUCGGCCACUGGAAAGGCACCGCCUACGGGGCCCAGGGCUUUGAAGGAAGAUCGCCCUCCUCCUGUAACUGCGUCCCCUCUUGUAGAUACGAGAGCGCCGCCCACCGGGCCUUCCAAGCCGGCUUUCGAAAGAAGUCCACCAAUCCCUUCUGGUCCUCGUUCACAACGUCCUGGCCCUUCAAGCAUGCAAUGGAUCAACCCCAACCUUGCUAAACAUCGAGUACCGGAAUCUCCUAAACCGGCCAGAUCAUCAAGUUUCGCUCAAUCUCGGCCCGCUGGUAUUCGGGGGGAUAGUGUUCAGUCAGAUCAACCAGGAGAUUCCUCUCAUCGACCUCGCAGUAGUGAUGGAAAGAUGGAUCUUGAAACUCCUAGAACAGAGGGCAAUGCCCAAGAAAUACACAGCUUGGAACCGGGCGAAGUUUCAAGGGUUGAGCUGAGACCACAAUCGGCCGGUUCAUCUGCAGAACGGGAAAAGCGCAAGGAAGAACCUAGUUCUACAAAGACUCAUACAGAAGCCUCCGAGGAAGCUGAAGACAUUAAACUUGUGGAUGAGAAGACUGCAGCUCUUGUCAGUAAAACAGAGUCGACAGCGAACCGGAGACCCACCUUGAAAGUCCCGGUCAUACGUGUCUCCUACCCUGAAAAACAAAGCAAGGAAUCUAUUAUGGACCAAUCUUCAGAUUCUGAUGACGAAGAGAUUGGGGAUAUGAUAGAGUCUGGAAUGAUAGAAGCUGAGAAGGAAUUAAAGCAAUUGAAACCGCUAGAGGACUCCGUAUGUAUGGAUCCCAUAAUACGAUAUGCCUUGCUUUCGCUGGAAGCCGUCAAUCAAGUUGCCAUUGAACCUGAAGGCUUAGAAGCUAUGAUUGGUCCUAUUCCGAAAGAGACCCCAGUUCUGGAAAAGACAGAUACGAAGCAAGAUCUGAAAGACUCGAAGAUUCAGGAACAAACAGGGGCGAGCGAUACCUCCCUGGUGGGAGACAAUGUUAAACAACCACAAAAAGAAUCUGAUGCUGUCCUACCAUCACUUAUAAAGGAACCUGCCGGGCCUUCCAAUGAUGUGCCUAAGCAACCCGAACCAUCUAUCGAACAGGAAUCCAAGACUCCCGUGGCACCUAAAUCACCGCCAGGUGAUCAGAAGCUAGCAAAUGAUGGAGAUACAGUUAUGGAAGAUGCCAUGCCCGAGAGUGCCAUUCCUGAAGUGCAACCACGAUCGAGGGUGGCGGUGCCCACAUUACAAGGAGAGCCAGUGCUGCCACUCUUUGAAGAGGCUCAAAUUGAAUCAGGUGAUGCGAGUAAAAGGGAGUCCUGUACACCGUCGCCACCUGAAGAUGAAGACGAAACAGAUAUUGAAGACGUGGAUCUUCAUAGCAUCGCCAUUGUGCGCGAGCACAUGCAAACGCCUCCCCUAGAUAGCUUACCGUACUUUGAUGUGAAGCCUUGGGAUAAAGAUAAAGGGUUCAUGAGAUCUAUGAACACGCAACAGCCGGAUGUUAGUGCCUUUAUUUUACAAAGAUUGGAAGAUGAUGCAUGGACCCAGCACGUUAGGGAAACGCAACUGAAGAAGACGUAUGGCGCAAACUAUGUUAACUACAUCCGGUUUACGAUGUCAGACGAGCCAGUUGCUGUCAAGAGUCGCGAGAAAUUUAGUUGUGUUGUUGGUACUGCGGACCUGGGUGGCCAUACCAAACCUGGAGUAAGCUCAGAGCCAAAGCCCGAAAAUACACGGCGCAGCAGAUACGCCUCUGAGCGUGACUUAGAAAGAGUCCUCGAGGAAUCACGGAAAAUCGAAGAUGACAAACGUGAGAGACAGGAACAGGCUGAAAGAGAGAGGCACAGGACAGAGAAGGAAGCUGUGAUACCUCGCCAAUACCAGACAGAGAAGGAAAGGGAAAACGAAUUCUAUAGUAGCAAUACUGGCCUUGUCCAACCCGAAAAGAUCGUGGCGACAUGGGAGGUCCUGCCUCCCGUGGACAAUUUCACCAAGGAAGAGAGCGAGAUGUUCGAAAAGGCUUAUUUGGAGUUUCCGAAGCAAUGGGGACGGGUCUCCGAACCGCUCGCUCAUAGGGACUUUGGCACAGCUAUUCAGUUCUAUUACCUCAAGAAAGAGAAAGAUGAGCUUAAUCUCAAGGAGAAACUGAAAAGGCAACCUAAGAAACGUAAAAGGGGCGGCCGUGGUAAAACGCGAUCAAGUGCUCUUGUCUCGGAGCUUGGAAACGGAGACAAUGACAACGAAGAGGGGCAGGAGACAGGAGAGAAUGGUGAGAGACGGCGGCCACGUAGGGCGGCUGCCCCUACCUUCAACUCCGAAGCUACUCCUGCUACGGAUGGCGAGAGUGGAACGCCUGCUGGAACUCCGGGACGAAGAGGUGCGGCCGCAACGAGAGCAGAUGGGACUGAAAAGCCUAAGAGAGGACGUCGGGCUAAAGACAAGGAUCAGAAGCAGCCAAGAGUUGCUGUCACUCUCGCCGCGGCGCCUACUCCUGGGCCGACGCCAUCUCCGGCGACGAAAGGCAACCGUUCGCGUUCCGCGUCUAGAGCCCAAAACUUGGACUGGAUUGGUCAGCAAACCCAAGACGACAUGCCUCGUAUCCCCUCUCAGUAUGAGUUGGCACCGAAUCUUGGACAGUCGGCCCCGGGUAUGCCCAUACAAUCUUAUCCACAAUCACAGCCUCUUGUUACUCCCGAAAGAGGUGUUCCUCCAUCAUCUAUGGCAGAUGCAAUGGCUCCUCCACCUUUACGACCAGAACCACCUCCGCAACCUCCAGUGGCAGUUCUCGAUAUAGGUCAACCACCACCACCACCGGAUCGCAAGUCUGGGGGGCAACCCUCAAGCUAUUGGAGUGUACCUGAAGCUGCUGAAUUCCCAUCGUUGCUCAAGUCAUUUGGGAGCGACUGGGCGGCAAUUGCUGCGCACAUGCGGACCAAAACCGCAGUCAUGGUGAAAAACUACUACACCCGCCGAAAAGAUAGCACGGACUGGGAAGCAAUCGUAAAAGAGGCAGAUGAUCGGAAACAUAGGGGCGAGAAGCGGCCACCUCCCCCCGUAUUGGCCACUGGUACCAAGAAGCGGUAUGAUACUUCCAGCAAUCGGCCACUUGCGGCGGCGGAUGCGGUUAUGGAAGAUGUGCCUGCGCCGAAGAUGGAACAUCCUCCUACCAGCCAGUCCAUGAAUACCCGCUUUAACGUUCCUAUUGCUGCUCAACCUCAGCCGCCUCCAGUUGCGCCGUCACCAUUCGCUCAGGCGGCUCAUCUCGUUCCCCAAGUUGGUUCGCAGCCCAUCUCUCAAGCGACAGUCACACAGACAAUGUCGCCGGUUUCUCGGCCCCUGAGAGCGCCCCUUCCCUUCCCCGACCGCGAACGUGAGACAUUCCCUCAACAGGCCACAAGGACUCCACUGGUCUCAAAACCGCCUCAUCCCGCACCAUCGGCCGUGCCAGAACCACCUGUAAGGCAUCCCUUACCUGGCUCGUUGCCCGAUCUUCAACCAGAACGACCAAAAUCCGAAUCGAAGCCUCCUAAGGAGCCAGUUCGCCAACCAGAGCGACAGCAGAUGCGUGUCAAACAAGAACCAGAUCUCGCUCCUCAGCAGGACUUUUACGGCGCUCCUCCUGCCGCGAUCCGAGGUCCGCCAUCGCGUGUAGAGAACAGGCCAUUGUCAUCACGGCCAGUAGAGGCUCCUCGCAACCCAGCACAAGCCCCUCAAGCACCGUAUUCGGUUAUUCAACAUCAAACUAGUCGAGGCUUCAUGAACGAGUCUAACCCAUCGUCCCCUGUACCAUCACGGUCUAUGUUGCCACUAACACGGCCAUUGUCUCGAGCGAGUGCCACGGAGCCAUUUAACCCGUCACCAGCCCAGCGCACACCACCAUCGGUCACUCCUGCACCACCCCGAGCUCCCAAGACCUCUAGUUUGAUGGCGCUUCUUAACGAUGAUCCGCCAGCUCCUCCUCCCAAACGAGUCGCUGAAGUGCCCGCAGCACCUAAGCUGUCCUCAACUCCUCCGCCUCAUGCCAAUCUGUCUCGACCGCCACCGCCGCCACCACCGCCACCGUCUCAUGUGCGCCGUGAUUCUUCACUCACAGAAGCCCAACCCUACGGAUAUUCACGUGGACCUCCACCACCACCCCCUCCAUCUUCAAUGCCAUCACUGAAGCCAUAUACUGCGUCACCUCAAGCUCAACCUUUGAGCGCUCCAAGACAUAUGCCAAUGGAUGGAGGCGUUGAACGAGAUUACUACGGCAAUCGUCCCCGCCAGUACCCGCCUACUGCUGCUAGCUCUCCUCAAAAUACGCCUCAUUACCAAGUUCCUGCUCAGCCUCCACAAGUGCAGCAGUAUCAGUCUCAAACCUCAUAUCCUUAUGGUGCACCAAUCCAGCCACAACCGCCCAAUGCCUCCUCUCCUCCGCCCCAGUACGCCCCUCAUCAAUCUAUGUCGAGAAGUCACGAGCCCUCAUCUUCAGCUAGAGAGACGGGAUGGCCCGCUCAGAGCCCAGGCCAUCCGAUUCAACAACAACCGCACCCCCAGCAGCAGCAUCAGCAUCAACAGAUACAACAUCACCAGCAACCUCCACCACAACAGCAUCAACAGCAACAGCAACCACCACAGCAACCAACGUGGUCCUCGCAUCCGCCACAACCCCCUAAGUCGACACAACCGCAGCCGACACAAUCCGCCUGGGCUGCUCAGCACGCAUCUGCGCCAAAACCUCCCCAGCCAAGUAGCUCUGUGCCACCGCAAUCUUCAUGGGUGAAUACUCCUCCGCCACCUCGCGGACAUGACCCAAUGGCACUGCGUGACAAUUUCCCGCUAUCGCGUAUGCAGACACCUUUACAGGUAUCUUACCCGCCCUCAUCACGUGCUCCUGAACCACCUCCGCCGCAAGGCCCAGCGGGCUAUGCUCGAUAUACCAAUACGCCGAGCAACGCACCUAUCCCAGGGCGGGACCCUCGGGACCCGGGUCCUCCAAGGAGCUACACACCUGUUAGCUAUGAGAGUAGGGUGUACCCAUCCCAGGGACCACCAGACCCGCGGGAUGCACAUCUUCGUGAACAGCAAGCGCAACAGCCGCCGCCUUCGGUCUUGCAACAGCAGUUAAGGCCGCAGGACAGACAUAUAUAUGAUCGGCCGCCACCUGACAGGUACGGAAGGUAGUUAGUUUUAAGAGCCAGAGUAGUGGGAGGUCUAUCUGCGUACUAGGCCAGGUUAUUAUGUUACUAGAGUAUAUAAACAUACUGUUUAUUCAGUUGGUAUUACUGUUUUUGGCGGGUGUGCUCUCAUAAAUUAAAACUUGGAAAUCUGCGAAGCAAAACCAUAUGAGUUUUUCGCCUGGAGUGUGAAUGCUGUGUAUGUGUGUAUGUGUGUAUGUGUGUAUGUGUGUAUGUGUGUAUGUGUG